AUGACACGAUUCGCCAGCUCACUAUUUCUAAGUCUCGUCAUGGGAUCCGCCUUGCUGAGCAUGGUUGCUGCCUAUCAAAGAGAAGGGAAGGAUUGGAGGUUUAUCGAGGAAUGGCUCGAGGAUGACAAGCAGAAGCGUAAAAGCGAGGACAGGAAAGACUUCGCGGCAUCGGUCGAUGCUCGGAAGAAGGGUACGUUCUGGAAUGUCAGAAAAGCCAAAGGAUUGAAGAAAAAGGCUCCCAUCCAAGCCUGGAAGGAUCAGAACAAGAAGGAACACAUGCGUUGUGGUAUCGUCUUUUACUACCCCAACAUCUGGGAUGCAUUGGGCCGGAAAAACGGCCGGCAAGUUCAUCUGGAGGCAUUUGAGAGACCCUUGGCAAUGUCGCCAUGGUGUACUCCUGAGCCAUCCGAGGAUUGGGAGAAGAACAAACCCGAGAUGAUUGUAUUUCACAACUACUGGGCGGAUCUGGACACCUGCAUGAAAGACAGAUAUCUGUUCAUUGAGGAAGAAUUCGGGGAUCCACACCUGGACGAAAAAGCCAAAACAGAUGUGUUACCGAUCGAGAGUUUCACUACACGUACCUUUUACAACGCCACCGGUAUUAAGGAGGAUCACAACCCUUCUAUUUUCAACAAACCAGCCGACGCAGGAUACGUUUUCGGUCUGCUCAAGGAGUAUGCUGACGCCAAUCGUAAUGGGACGGUUCCUAAUCCGUGGAAAUAUGGUAUUGCUGCGAGGGAGUGGAUGGACUGGACCGAUGUCGGAAACUUCUGGGGAUACAAUUACCAAGACGGCAGUCGUCUUCCACCGCCAGAGAACGGUUACCCCAAUUGCCCCGAGGACUUCGAUGCAAAGGACAAAAGAAUCUGUUGA